CACUCCAGUCAGUAGGUGGCGGUAGUGCACCGUCACGUCGCCCGCGAAACGUCGGUUACACAAUCAAAGAAAAAAGUGUCCUGAAUGAGAAGACAGUGCACAUCGACUGAGCGUGUGAGUGCAGAGCAGGAGUCAGAAACUCUCAUCGUUACAGGGUAAAGAUGCAGACACCAGCGGAAUCGAUCCUCCACAGCGGCUAUUUCCACCCGACACUGCGAUACUGGCAGACCUGCGUCACAGAUUUAAGACCUGACAAUCUCAUCUACCCCAUCUUUAUCACCGACAGUGCAGAUGCAGUGGAGCCCAUCGGCAGCCUGCCAGGACAGGCCAGAUACGGAGUGAACAAGCUGGAGGGCAUGUUGCGGCCGCUUGUGGAGAACGGCUUGAAGUGUGUGCUGAUUUUUGGUGUCCCUGCAAAAAUAGAAAAGGAUGACAGAGGCUCAGGUGCCGACACAGACGACACGCCGGCUGUACUGGCAGUGAAGAAGAUCAGGUCUUUGUUCCCGGAGCUGCUGGUGGCGUGUGACGUCUGCCUGUGUCCCUACACAUCACACGGACACUGUGGUAUCCUGAACGAUGACGGUACUCUGAACAAUGACGCCAGCUGCCUGCGCUUGGCAGAAGUGGCGCUGGCCUACGCUCGAGCUGGUUGUCACAUCAUCGCUCCGUCAGACAUGAUGGAUGGAAGAGUCAGAGCCAUAAAACAAGCCCUGAUAUCCAAUGGUUUGGGAAACAAGGCUUCGGUGCUGAGCUACAGUGCAAAGUUUGCCUCAUGUUAUUACGGUCCUUUCAGAGAUGCUGCACAGUCCAAACCUGCGUUUGGUGACAGACGCUGCUAUCAGCUGCCUCCUGGAGCCAGAGGACUCGCCCUUCGAGCUGUGGAGCGAGACGUGAAAGAAGGAGCUGACAUGCUGAUGGUGAAACCCGGUCUGCCGUAUCUGGACAUCGUGAGAGAGGUCAAGGACAAGUUCCCCACUCACCCCCUGGCAGUGUACAACGUGUCAGGGGAGUUUGCCAUGAUGUGGCACGGAGCGCAGGCCGGAGCGUUCGACCUGCGGGCCGCAGUGAUGGAGGCCAUGACCGCCUUUCGCAGGGCAGGUGCUGACAUCAUCAUCACCUAUUACACGCCACAGCUGCUCAGCUGGCUGAAGGAGUAAAGAACCGAGAUCUGAGGCCAAAGGACGGGCGGACAUAGCGACGGACCUAGAGACAGAUCAACAGGCAGACUCCUUUUUAAAAGUAUAAAGCUGCUGUUGACUCAGUCACACUAACAAAGAGCACUAAGGGAAAUAAAAUGUAUGAAAGUAAGCAACCUGUUUACUUUUAGGCUUUCAUUUUGCCUUUUCUGUUCAGUUUUGAGAUAAUAAUUCAAAUAGUAUGACACAUGUUUAUCUGUGUGUCAGGUUGAUUUGCAGCAGUGAUCAGUUUUAAAGACAACACGCUCUUACUGGGAGGAAAUAAAAUAAUUGUGUGUGUGUGUGUGUGUGUGUGUGUGUGUGUGGAGUUGAUGCAUGUUGAGUAAUGAGUCCCACGGACUUCUUUACCUGUGCGUAGAAAUCACAGUUCUGUAUUAAAAACCUUUUUAGCAUCACCUGUCUGUUAUGCAACAUCACAGAACAGCAGUUUAAACAACCUGAAUCAUUUUGUGGGAGUUCAGUGGAUCUUGAUACUCCUCUUAUUCAUAAAAUACGUAAGUCAAUCUUAAAAUCUUUGCUGAUCUGCACGUCUAUAGCUGAUUAUAUUAAACUGAGACCAUAAAGUGAAAUGGAAAUGGAAUGUCCCAUUAGAUUCUGCUCUUGUUUUCUUUACCUCGGUGUGCAGCUUGGGUGAUGCUCUCUCUUUGCACACUCUGCACCUUCAGCAACAAGUGUUCUUCAGGGAGUCAAACUGACCUCAAACAGCUCUUUGUUACAUCAGUAAUACUUAUAUCUUCUAGUUGGGCCAGGAUUUGUUUUCCUAGAGGGUCAUACAGACAUAUAAAGACUCCAGCAGGUGGCGUAGUUUGGCCGUCAAAACUCGUCAAAGCUGAAUUAAUGAGCAACAGAGUGAACUGUGUUGAUCUUUAAUCCAGCUUUGAGAAUGUAAGUAGUGCUAUUAAUGAUAUAUUGUAACUAAGUACAUUAAAUUAAAUUGUAGCAGGUCAAUAUUUGUGUUCUUAAAGUAAAUUAAAUGGUCGCAUUUUGGUCAUGCGCGCGCUACCAAUCUAAUUUGUCUGAUCAUAACUAAAAGUGAUACUCCCUCUGCCAUUCUUCUGUCAAGAGGAUUUAAAAAUGUAUUUCUUUUCGCUCAGUUUUCCUUCCAGUGUAUAAUCUGACAUCUUCUUCAAGUAAUCCACACAGUGUCAUGGAUGCCAAACAAAACAAAAACAGCUUUAAUGGUAUCCUCAAGUUUCUCAGUGAUGUUCUCUCAUUCACACAUGGUUAUAAUGCUUUGAUUAAUAAUUGAUAAAAUUGGUGAAAUUGUGAGCAUGACUUUGCAAUGUCAACUUUGCUGCAACAUUAAAUUACAUCAUCCAUCAA